AUGAUACUCUCUAUUUUCAACUGUGAGAAAUCUAGUGGAUGCAUCUAUAUUGAAGCUUACAAUAUGUCUCAUGUAAAGUAAAUCGUAAAUGGAAUGUCAGGAAUCUACCAGAAAGGUAUAGAAAUGAUUCCUUACAAGGAAAUGACUCAACUCCUAAAAGUCUGUUCUGAGAUUGAUGAGACCUCAUUAUAACCUCAUCAAUGGAUAAGAAUAAAGAGUGGACCUUACAAAGGGGAUCUAGGAAUCAUAGAACAUGUUGAAGGUAGUUAAAGAGCUCUAGUAAAAUUAAUUCCCAGAAUUCAAACCACAAUUGGAUACGAUGGUGAGACAAAGCUUAAUUUGAUUAUUAAAUAGUAAGAUUUGAAAAAUCUUGAGCUUGUCUCUGGCUCUACUGUUCCUCAAAAGCUAUUCAAUCCUCAGCAUGUCAAAAAUGAAUGCAUAAAACAGAGAUUUGAGCCAUUAGGAAAGAGUUUCUUUAUAUGGAAAGAACAGAUGUUUAGAAAUGGAUUUCUCUACUUGUAUUUUAAAGUUAACAAACUAGUCUACGACAAAGUAGGACCUAGACUUGAGGAAGUUCAAAGAUUCUAAAAAAAUCAGAAUUCACUAGAUGAUUUUCUUUCAGAUCAGGAUGAAUGGGAUAUAAUGGAUGAUAAGACUCUAGUAAAGACUAUAAGAAAUGAUGGAUUAUCAUAACUUGAAGUUGGAGACAGAGUUGAAGUAGUAAACAGACAACUCAAAGGUAUGAAAGGAGUGAUAAUUAAAAUUGAUUCUGAUGACUUUGUCCAUAUUUAAAGUCUUGAUAAGGUUCCUUUUCAAUAAAAAGUUAAGGCAAAGGAGGUACUCAAGUAUUUUGAGAGAGGAGAAUCAGUGAGAGUUAUAUCUGGAACUCACUCUGGUGACUCAGGGAUAAUUGCUGCGAUAGACGGUAAACAUGCAAUAGUCACAAUGGAUGGUGGUUCAAGGACAGAAGAGCUCAAAAUUCUGCUGAGCAAUCUUAAACUGAAAAAAGAAGAGAUGGAACAUGUUAAGUUAAGAGAUUAUAUAGAAAAAAGUAUUAUGGACAUCAAAUAUUAAGCAGGUGAGCUAAUUCUUUACAAUAGCAAUUCAUCUCUCGCCUAUGUCAUUUAGGUUUACCCAGAAUAUCUUAAAGUCUUAAACAGCAGAAACUAGAUCGAACAUAUCAAGCAUAGUUCUGUUCAAAGAAAAGUCUUCCAUAAGAGAAACUAAUAUGCUCUGGACAAGAAUCAUAAUACUAUUGCUUCAAGAAGUCUCGUCAUUAUUCUUGAUAGAUCUCAUCUAAAUGUAAUACAUAAAAUAUAAUUUGUUUAGAAUAAAAUUGGAGAAGUCAAAGGAUUUUAUAAGGAGUGCUUGUUCGUUUACAUAAUUCAUCAUUAGAAGUAAACUAAUGGAAUCUACGCUGUGAAUACCAAAAAUGUCUUGAAUGCUGGCUAAGAAUUUGUCAAGAAUGUACAGUAGAAAGAUCAUUAAGGUUAUAUCCUUGCUCAAAUUGAUAGGAGACAAAAGGAUCGCAAGAUGUCUAGGUCAUAUGUUGUAAUUAACUAGGGACAAUACAAGGGCUUAAAGGCAAAAGUCCUUUUUGCUGAUGACAACCUAGUCAAAGUAGAAAUUACUUCUAACAACAUGAAAGUCCAACUUCCAAGACUAUCAGUCACUGAAAUAAGGGAUCCAACAAUGCCUCUAGAAGCCAAGAACAUCGGCUGCGAGGCAAAAUCCUUUGAUGAAGCAGCUAAAUUAGAUAUGGGAGCAGAUGAGGAGAGAUCACUUUUCGAAGCUGAAGAGGAUAAAGUUGGCAAGUUUGAUUGCUACAAUGAUGCAUAAAUGACUCCAAAGAAUGAUGAUAAAGAAUGGGGAGAUUGUGAUGACUUGAUUGUUGCAAGAGAUUCGACCACUCACAAGGAAUGGUGA